CGCCGUCGCUGAUAAUAAGUGUGCGUUGAGUGUUUUAUCGGGGAUGGGAGAGCAGCCUGACGUCCGGAGGGCCGAGCACCGUCCCACACAAUGACAAUAUUUCAAACUUAAAUCGUGCUGGCGAUGACAAAACCAGACCAGGGAUUAAAACAGUCGUAAACCCAAACUGAGAUAAUACAUCAUGGACGGAUGCAAAUAAAACAUUCUUGUUAUUUCCAAAAGUGUUGUCAGCAAAACAGAAGUUGUAUUCUGUUGGGUAUGGAAUGGGUUAAUGAAGCAAGAAGAAAAUUGUCACUAAAUGAAUUAGCUUUACUCUUGAACAAUUCAUGAUAAUAAACCAUCAACCCAAAUGAAAAGAGAAAAAAGGAAGGAAAAUUGAAUGAAAGAUGCCGUUUCUGUUAAGCGUUUGAUCUAAACUCUCACGUGCAAGUUAAUCCUUUUCCUUUUUUUAAUUUUACAUUAAAAGAGACAAAGAUUGACAGGCCAAUACAAAUACAAUAAUAAUACACAUGAAAUGAAUGAAACAAAAACAUUGCCUCUCUUAGUCUUACGUUUCCUCUUUUAAUGUGGGAGACAUGUUGUGCGCUCGGUGGUUUGGGCUCUACACGCUCCCGUUAUCGUUAGUUGUCUCUAGCAGCCUCUGGGAUGCGCAGAGGAAGGCCUCUCUGGCUUUCUGGGGGGAAGAAGGAAUCCCCUGAGGACACCUGACAUCUGUUGUGGUUUUCUUCCAUGGAGACCUGCAUCAGCAGCCAGUCCUCAGCACCUGGUGUGUUGUCGGGUGAACCACGUCGCUCUGCCUCGUGCAAGAAAACAAGGUUGCAUGAGUUGUCGUUCGAGAAAGGGGAACGCUCGUGCCGGAGGAAACAAGAGCAAAGGCCGUGCUCCCUUUAAGGAAUGUUUUAGUCUGAGGAUACACGUCGGACAAUGAAGCAAAGCGCUGAUGUUGGCAUUCAAGGUAACCAAUGGCAGAGGCUGCUGCGGGGGCAACAGGGGAAGAAAGUGACCGAGGAAGGACACGAUGGGGUCAAGAGUGAAGAGAAAUCCAAGACCAAGCUGAAAUGGAAAGUCAACUUGAACGAGUGGGUGGUUGAUCCGGCAGAACACUUUUACUACGUCUGGCUGCAGGUCAUGAUCUUUCCCAUCGUCUACAACUGGGUCAUCAUCAUUCUGAGGACAUGCUUCACUACGAUUGCAAUGAGCUACCUGCCUGUGUGGCUCACACUGGACUAUCUGGCUGACAUCAUGUAUCUGGUCGACAUGAUCAUCACGGUUCACACAGGUUACUUGGAUCAGGGCAUCCUGAUCAAGGACGUCACUCAGCUGAGGAAACGCUACCUGCGCUCUAAAAGCUCCUUAAGUGACCUGGUUUCCCUGCUGCCCACCGACUUCCUCUACUUUGUCUUUGGCAUCCAAGCCCCGCUGGUCAGGAUUAACCGUCUUCUCCGUAUCCCACGACUCAACGAGGCCCUGGAUCGCAUGGAGACGAGAACGUCCUACCCAAACACCUUCCGCAUCUCCAAGCUCAUGAUCUACAUCUUUGUGCUGAUCCACUGGAACGCCUGUCUCUACUUUGCCCUGUCCAGCUACAUCGGCUUCGGAAGUGAUCGCUGGGUGUACCCCAACGUGACCACGCCCGAGUUCGCCUCCAUGCGGCGUCAGUACUUCUACUGCUUCUGGUUCUCAGCCCAGAUUUUCACCACGGUGGGAGACACCCCGCUUCCAAAUAGGGAAGAAGAGUACUUGUUUAUGAUAGCAGACCUGCUCAUUGCCGUGUUGGUGUUUGCAUCGAUUGUCGGCAACGUUGGAAAUGUCAUCACAAGCCUAAGGGACCGCGACAACGUCUUCUUCCCGGACCAUGAGCUGGUGAAGGCCUAUCUGCGUAGCCACCACAUCAGCAAGGAGCUCCGCCAGCGCAUCGACAGCUGGUACCAGCAUCUUCACAUCAACAAAAAGAUCAUGCGAGAGAAUGAAAUCCUGCAGCAGCUGCCGGUACACCUGAGGACAGAGAUCGCUGUCAGCGUCCACCUGCCCACGCUCUCCAAAGUCACCAUCUUCCAAAGCUGUGAGAAGAGUCUGCUGGCAGAGCUGGUGCUCAAACUGACGCCACAGGUGUUCAGUCCGGGCGAGUACGUCUGCAGGAAAGGAGACGUGGGCCAUGAAAUGUACAUCAUCAGAGAGGGUAAACUUGCAGUUGUAGCAGAUGAUGGGGUCACAGAGUUUGCUGUGCUGAGUGAAUCCAAUUUCUUUGGGGAAAUUAGCAUCCUCAAUAUCAAAGGUAAUAAGUCAGGCAAUCGCCGCACCGCCAACAUCCGCAGCAUUGGCUACUCUGACCUGUUCAGCUUGUCCAAAGAAGACCUGACGGAGGUGUUGUCCGAGUUCCCUGCGGCCAAACGUCACCUGGAGGAGAAAGGCAGACAGAUCCUCACAAAGAUGGGCAUGUUGGAGGAGAGUGGAGAGCACGUGGAUGAGGAGGCAGAUAAACUGGAAAACAAGAUAGGCAGCCUAGAGAGCAAGCUGGAAAUCCUGCAAACAAAACUAGCUCGACUUAUGUCGGAAUUAGAGUCGAGCCACCGCAAGAUGCAGGCCAGGGUGGAGCAGCUGGAGUGGGAAGUGGCAGCCAUGGAGCUGCAGCUGCCUGCUGUUGACGAAGGAGAAAGAGGAAAGGGGAGAGGUGAGGGGGUGGGAUGGGGGCAGGUGGGAUGGGAGCGGGAAGAGGCAGAGGGGCAGGCGGAUGAGGGUUUGGAUGGAGAGGUGGAAAAACAGAGACAGGGAGAGGAUGGGCACGUGACCAAAGAGGGAGAUGGAGAGAGCACUAAAGAGGAUGUGAGGACGGUGGUGGGAGAUAAAUGUGGGCUAAAAGAGCCGGACGAUGGGGAGAUUGACCGAGGGAGAAACAGAGAGGAAGGAGAUGACAAAGCUGGGAAAGGAGAUGGUCCUGACAUUGGACACAAAGAUGAGAAAGAGACAUGUGGGAAGAGAGAAUCUGAAGAGAGAGAAGGUUGA